AUGUCGUCCGGACUCACCAUCGACGACGCCCUCGUCGCCAAAGUAACCCACUACGUGGAGGCCUACAUGGCAAACUACGACCCCUCCCACGACUUCAACCACGUCCAGCGCGUGCUGCGGCUCGCCAAGCACAUCCAAGCUACCCUCCCCAGCACCUCUCUGGACGCUGUCACCCUCUCGGCACUGCUCCACGACGUCGGCGACAAGAAGUACCUCAAGCCAGGCGAAGAUUCAUCCCGCCUCGUCUUCGACGCGCUCCGCUCCUUUGGCGCCUCGGAGGCCCUCGCUGAAAAGGUACAAGCAAUCUGCCUAGGGGUCAGCUACUCCAGCGAAGUCAAGGACCCGGGCAGGGUGAUGCAGCUGAUAGAGGCGCAUCCCGAGUUGGCCGUCGUCCAGGACGCGGACCGCCUGGAUGCCAUCGGCGCCGUGGGAAUAGGCCGAGCCUUUGCGUUUGGCGGUGCGAGGAAUAGGGAUAUGGGGAACACGAUGGAGCAUUUCGCGGAGAAGCUGGUGCGGCUGGAGGGCAUGAUGAAGACGGAUGAGGGGCGCAGGUUGGCCAAGGAGAGGACGGAGAGGAUUGUGCUGAUGCAGCAGUGGUGGAGGGACGAGACUGCCUCGUGA